GGAAAAAUAAUUUAAAUAAAAAUAAACAUAAAGUAACCUAUAUUCGAGAGAAAAAGCUUCGGUGUGCGAGGAUCAAAGAUAGCGAUAAUUCGAAGAGCGAUUGCGUCGUACUCUCGGGAAAAAGGCAGGAGAGCGUGUGAGCAUAAAAUCUCGGCAAUAACAAAAAACAUACAUAUGCUUGUGGUUAUGAUUGAAAUGUACCUAAGAAUUUAUCUCAGGCGCUUGAUAUGUGAACAAAUUGAUUGUUUAGAACAAAACUAAAACUACAAUAUCCAUGAAAACAAACAAAAAGCUACAAAUAUCGUCAAAUCAGAAAUUCAUUCUCGUUACGUGCAGUGUUGUUGUCAAUGAGUGUGGCUGCGUUUGUGUGUGUGUAUGUGCAUGCCGCCACCGCAAUUGAAGACAAAUACACCACUACAAAGGCAGUGAAUAAAAAUACAUUGUGUAGCUGUGUGUGUCGGUGAGCUCAGUGACGUCGCAGCAGAAGUCGGCGGGGCAGCGCGCAACGCCAGCGUCAGCUUCAGCAUCGAACGUGUUAAAGUGACGAAUAAACAACCGAAGAAUCACAUCGCGCUAAAGCAGGAGAUAGACAAACAGAACGGUACAGACAGCCGAACAUUUGUACAAAUCUUUCACACAUACACCGACCCGACCCACUCGUAUGCAUAUGCAUACCCCGACGUAAUAGUUGCCGCCGCAGACAUUAAGGCUCUGCUCGGGCCUGUCUAUCCCACUCGCGCUCUUGUUUACACAAACGCCCACAUCCACACACCAUCAGAACCAUCCCCAACCCCCGACCCCCGUUGUGCUGAUAUUGUGAAUAGCGACGACAUCAUGCGAGGGAUAACUCGGCAGCACUCGGACAACCGACGAUGCUUCGCAACACUGGUCCGUGCCAGCGUCGCCGAGUGACAUUCGCAGGAAUAACGGCUCUUUGAAUGUGGCCUCCUAUUUGGAAAUUGACGAAUUUAAUAAAAACCACAGCAAAAUGGACGUUUCGGCCAUAAAAUAUGGAGUAGAACAGCAGCAGGAGAACUGGAGUAUAUUCGACAACAAUGCCACAAGCAGUGGCCGAGGCAGUGGCAGUGGGAAGCUGAUAUUGUCAGGCCUCGCUUCGCUGCUGCUGGGCACGAAGUGGCGACGACGCCGCAGACGGCGCAAACACAACGACAAUGCCAAUGACGACGUUGAAGUAGAAGCAACAGCAGAAAGAGCAAGGGAAACAGCAACAACGAGUCGCAAUAAUGAUAAUUGCAAUUAUUCUACAACCAAUGAUUUCAAUAAAAUCAAUAAAUUACUGCUAAUUACGUACAUUCUACUGAUAACAGCGAGCACAAUUUGUCAAAGCUCCGCACAGGCGCCAGCAUCGGCGUCGGGGCCGCUUUCGACAGCAUCCGCUGGUGGAUUGGGCGCGGCAUCGCCGUUGAGUGCCUUCCUGAAGUCGGGCGGAGCCUCCUACAAUAACCAGUUGCCGCAGCAACAGCUCUUUGCCAUGCUGGCCAAGAAUGGUGCAGGCGCAGGAGCGAGAGGAGGAGGUGACUACACCAAUCCCGGCCUCGCCUCGUCCCGCCAGCACUUCCUCUCGCUGCACGAGGACGAAUCCGAUGGAGACGUGGACAUGGAUGAUGAUGAUCUGGCCGCACUGCAUGUCCCACUGGCCGCAUCAGCCACAUCUCCCCAGCAGCUCUCGUCCAUUCAAUUCGCUUCGCUGGAGACCAACGGAUUCGUGGCGGACGAUGGCGAUCAGUACGAGCAGGCGGAGAAGGAGCUGGCCGCCGCCGCGGCAGCGUCCAAUGCGAACCACAACAACAUCAACUGCCCCAAGGAGUGCAAGUGCCAGAAUAUCCUGUUCGACUGCGAUAAGCUGCAUCUGGAGAGGGUGCCCGCCCUGCCCAACCACGUGCAGACUCUGCAUCUGGCGAAUAACAAGCUGAACGACACGACCGUCCUGGAGAUACGAAAUCUGUCGAAUCUGGUUAAGGUAACACUGAAACGCAACUUGCUGGAGGUGAUACCCAAGUUCACGGGGCUGACUGGACUCAAGCACUUGAUAUUGGCCAACAAUCGCAUACGAAGCAUCUCCAGCGAGGCUCUGGCAGUACUGCCCAUGCUCAAGACCCUGGAUUUGUCCAGGAAUCAGCUGCACAGCAUCGAGGCCAACUCUUUUCCCAAGUCAACGCGCCUGGCGCACUUAAUACUGAACUGGAAUGAGAUAGCCAAUGUGGAUGAGCACUCGUUUGCGGCACUGAACAACCUGACGGACCUAGAGCUGAACAACAAUCGCUUGAACAGCUUGCCGGUGGGCGUGUUCAAGAAUCUUAACCGUUUGAAGAAGCUCGCACUUAGCUACAAUCAUCUGGAGAUUAACUGGUCCACGUUUCGGGGUCUUCUAUCCCUGCAGAGGCUUCAGCUAAAGUCAAACCAAAUCCGAUCGCUGCAGGACGGCGUCUUCUAUGUCAUGCGGAACAUUGAGAGCAUCGAGCUGGAUCACAACCAAAUCAGUUCGCUCUCCCGGCAGGGCCUUUUCAACCUGACAAAGCUGCACCACCUCUCGCUGUCGAACAACUCCAUCUCCCGCAUCGAGCUGGACACUUGGGAGUUUACUCAGUCUCUGGAGUCCCUCGAUCUGUCGCACAACUCCAUCAGCGAGUUCAAGCCGCAGCAUUUGGACUGCUUGCAGCGAUUGAAGCAGCUCAAUUUGGCCCACAACAAGCUGCAGUAUCUACAGGAAAACACCUUCGAUUGCGUCAAGAAUCUAGAGGAAUUAAAUUUACGUCGCAAUCGUCUAUCCUGGAUCAUUGAGGAUCAGAGUGCCGUUGCACCGUUCAAGGCCCUGCGCAAGCUGCGACGCCUCGAUCUGCAUGGCAAUAAUUUGAAACAGAUCAGUGGCAAAGCCCUCAGUGGCCUUAAUAACUUGGAGCUGUUGAAUCUAGGCUCGAAUGCUCUCGCCAGCAUCCAGCCGAAUGCGUUCGAGCACAUGCUCCGACUGCAGAAGUUGAUCUUCAAGUCUCUGAACUUCAUUUGCGACUGCGAGCUUAUUUGGUUCCGCCAGUGGCUACAGAGUCACUUUGCCAUGCAGGCCCCCCAGUUACUGGCAAACGUGGUCUGUGGCUAUCCCGAGCAUCUGCUGGAUCGUCAACUGCUCACACUGACCAACUCGGAGCUGAUAUGUGCUGACUCGCCGAAACCAAAGCUUAAACAGGAGCCGGAUAAUAUGUUGGCCGUGAAGGGUGCCAACAUCACAUUGGAAUGCAUUGCCAGCUCUCCCACAGCCGCCUCACUGGCGGCCGCCGAUGAGCUGAAGAUCAAGUGGCGCCACGACAAUCAGCACAUCCAGGAGCGUCCAGGGGCCCUGCACGAUGGAGCCAGCACAGAGACACAAAUCCAUCACGACCAGAGCACCAAUCAGACGAGCAUCUAUGGAUAUCUACGGCUGACCAAUGUGACCUACGAGAGUGCAGGACGCUUUCAGUGUGUGGUCUCCAAUGCCUUUGGGACGACCUAUGCGCAAAAGUUCAAGAUAUCCAUAGGAAUUCAUCCCAGUUUUAUGCACGUGCCUUCCAACCUCACACUGGAUGCCGGCGAAACAGCCAGACUUGUGUGCUCCGCCAGUGGAGACCCCAUGCCGGAGAUAGCUCUGCAAAAGUUUGGGGCCACAGAUUUCCCAGCGGCUACCGAGCGUCGCCUUCAAGUUAUACGCGAGGAAAACGCCUUCCUCAUAACCAACGCCAAGCCCAGCGACUCGGGCAUCUACACGUGCACGGCGGAGAGCGCUGCUGGCGAGAUCAAGGUGAACGCCACGCUGAUGGUGAACGACAAGCCACAGCCUACCAUCCCCCUGGUGCAUCAGGAGGUGGUUGUCGGGCGCACGUGUGUGCUUGAGUGCCUCAGUGAGGCAGCGAACGCAGAGCUGGAGCUGGAGCAUCCCCACCGCGAAUGGUUUAAGGAGAACAAGCCGAUCCACAUCUCACCAACGACGGCGGAAGGAGAGCGCUACUACUUUACGAGCAGCAAGGAACUGCUCGUGAUUCUGAACGCCCAAUCGAAUGAUGCGGGACACUAUCGCUGCGAGAUUACUGACAAUUCGCGCACUCUCACCCUGCAGUCGGAGCUGGUGGUGGUCAAGGAGAAUCUCAAUUGGGAUGUUCUGCUGCUGGGUAUAGUCCUGCUGACUGUGACCUGCGUCCUGGUCGAUUGCUGCAUCAUUUGGUGCACCCUGCGCUACCAGAAGCGAAAGUUCUUGCUGAGCCUUGCUGCCGAACGGCUGGCAGCGCGCACCCACGCCAGUCAGCACUCCACUCUGGACAAGGAUCAAACCCAUUUGACCACGUUGAAUCGCACCAUGCUGAGGCCCCACCAGUCCCAGCUUGUUCUAGAUGGUAUUCCUUCCCAGCAGCAGCCAACGCAACUGCGACCGCGCAGUCUCGCAGAUCUGGGAUGCGGCGAUAGCCAGGGGGGGGCUCACAGUCGACUUAUCGUGACCACAACGCCUUCGUAUGAGCAACGCUGCCUGGAGCAGGGUCUGACGCUCAGCUAUCUGCAGCAAACCGACUUAGAGGCACAGCAGGAUCAUCUGUCCAGCAAGGAUUCGGGUACUGGCUCGGAUGCGGCAGUCAAGCGCAGCCUGGAGGACUUUGCCGUGGCCAUGAGCACCAGGCAUAAGAAUCACCCGCACACAGAUGACGAAGAAGAUGGAGACAAUGAUCUGCAAUAUGCUCCUACACGAGCUCUGGGCAUCUCAGAGUACGACGACUUGGAGCUGUAUGAGCUGAAUCAUUCGGUGGCCGACGCCGAGCAGCAGCAUUUCCUGCAAAACAACAAUCACAACUACGAUGGGGGCGGUGGUGCAGGUGCGGGUGGUGGUGGUGGUGGUGUGGCAGGUACAGCACCUAAAGUGCUUCCUCGUAAAUGCAGCGCCGGUGCUGGUGCCGGUGUCAGUGGCAGUGCCGCCAGCACUUACAACGCCAUUCAGCAGGCCACCACAGUGGAUAUCUAAGAGAAGGCUAAACCAAAUUAAGAAAGCAGGAAAAUAUAUACCAAAAAAACAAAACAAGUGGCUGCCUGUGGCUGCCCCACCGUGACCCGCCACACCCCAAAAUGAACAAAGACUGUUUAAACCGUAAUUUGUAAUGUUUAAUCGCACUCCCAUGGAGGAGAGAGAACCAGAGAGAGGAGGCCUUAUCUAUUGCCUAUGCUAUUGAUUGCUAUUCUAUGUAUGACAGCUAUAGAAACAUACCAGUGUCUUCGUAAUUUAUGAAAUGAAUCAUUUAAAUGGAUUUACUAUUAUACCUACUAUAACUAACCCUUAUUGAUAAUCACCUGUAUAGCCAGCCGUACCGUAUGCCUAGGACAUACCCAUCGUGUAUUUUAUAAUUUUGUUUCGCUUGUGAUAUUAUUUAUUAUUUUGAUUGCCCGAGUUUUAAGCGUAACAUAAAACACACACACACUCACAUUAUUCAUUCUGUAAAUAGCCCAUAGUUUAGCUCUAACUAAACCACAAGUAAUUUUGUAAGUCUAUCCACACCCAACACAACGGUCCACGAAAUGGACUUCAGUAGAGUGGGGUGGGAGUGGGUACCAUCGAUGGAUAUUUUGAUAAUGGAUAAUCUACUCGUACUUUUUGUUUGAAAUUGAAAUUUAUUUGACUUAUGAUUGAUUGGCCUUGACGAAAUCAUUGGAUUAAAAUUGGAUUAAAUUGAAGCCGGAUGUUAAUUAAAUGAUGCAUUAUUCAAAGUAUAUAAAAACAUACACACUAUAUA